CUACUUACUCCUCUUUAUAGCUGUCAAUCCUAGGGAAAGAAUCAGAGGGGCGAUCUGCUGCUGAAGCCAAGACAAAUAAAACGGGAAGUGUGCAUAUGUGUGCGUGUCCAUUCUUUGCCUGGAGAUGUCUGCUCUUUCCAAUUAUGCUUUGCGGAUGGCCCGCCUGAGUGCCCGGAUAUUUGGAGAAGUUGUCAGGCCAACAGACAAUAAGUCCAUGAAAGUAGUGAAGCUGUUCAGCGAGCAGCCCCUUGCCAAACGGAAGGAGGUCUACGAUUGGUAUCCCCCUCACAACACCUACUUCGCCCUCAUGAGGAAACUCCGCUUCUUUGGCCUCUACAGAGAUGAACAUCAAGAUUUCAAGGAAGAGAUGAGGCGGCUGAAGAAGCUCCGUGGUAAAGGAAAACCCAAGAAAGGAGAAGGAAAGAGAGCUACCAAGAAGAAAUAGUGCUAUUUUGGAACUGCAACGGAUUACUUUGGAAAUGUCAGAGCAAAAGCAGCCCUAUCCCUUUCUUCCCAGCCGGAGAAGGAUUUGCAUGCAGCUGAGUUCAUGGCUGCAGUGGGGAUUGGGUGUAAGCAGUCUGCCAGAUAUUAAACUCUGAAUUGAACUCU